AUGAGGUUUCUAUGCCUGCAUGGAGCUAGCACCAGCGGGGCCAUCUUCCGCGCGCAGACCGCGGCCUUUCGCGACAAAUUGGGGCCAGGCCACUUGUUUGACUUUGUCGAUGCGCCCCAUGCCUGCCCCGCCGGGCCCGGAAUCGCGGCCUUUUUCCCAGAGCCCUACUACUCCUUCUGGCGCUCCACUGAUGCCGCCGAGGUGGCACAGACGCACCACUGGCUGCUCGAGCGCCUGCGUCAGCCGGAGCCAUACGAUGCCCUGCUAUGCUUCUCGCAGGGAUGUGCGGUCGCCGCCUCGCUGAUCGUCGCGCAUCAGAACGAGACGCCCGAGCUGGCCCUGCCCUUCCGCGCGGUCAUUUUCAUCUGCGGCGGUCCGCCUCUUCCCAUCCUCGCCGAUUGGGGGCUGCCCAUUCCGCGAGCAGCCUGGGAAGUUCACGAGCGCACCGCACGCGAGCUGUGGGAGCAGGCGACCGCCAAGCAGGCCCAACUGCUCGCUCGCCGGGCGAAGGCACAAUCAUCAUUCUCGUCCUCGGCCGGGGAAGCUGGGCGGCUGGAGAGCGACCGGGAUGACCCGUGGACCCUGCCGGCCAUCAACCCCUGCGAUGCGUUCGGGCUGGACCUGACCCGCUUCCCGGAAAGCUGCCGGCUGCAUCUGCCCACGGUCCACAUUUACGGCCGCCAGGACCCUCGCUGUCCGAGUGCCUGGCAGUUGGCCCUGUUGUCCGACCCCACAGACCGGUUGGUUUACGAUCACGGUGGCGCCCACGAGAUCCCCCGAACCACCCGUGUGUCCGAGGCCAUUGCAGGCGCCGUGGCGUGGCUGGACGAUCGUCUCGCUCGUCGCAGCGGAUGA